AUGAAUAUUUAUUCUUCCAGUCAACAAGAUUAGAUAGCAUCACCUGAUAAUUUAAGUUAAAUAAGUUGGAAUAAAGUACAUUAAAGCAGUGAAUAGAUUUUAGAAAGGUAGAUCAUAUCAAAUUAUAUAUAAUAAGGUCUAAAAAAAUACAAAAAAGACAACCCUAAGACUUUUAAUAGAAAUGGUUUUCAAUUUAGAAAAUAUCAAGUUCCAAAUUAGAUAUUUCUGAAUAGAAUGAUAUCGAUUUAAGAGAUUAGAAAAUUUAUGAAUUUGAUUAUCUAAAAUUAGAUAAAGAUCUGUUGUCCAAAAAAUGUCCAAUUAUUGUAAAUAUUUUAAUAUAUGAAUAGAUUGAAGAUAAAAAGUCAAAAAAAAAAUACUAAAUUAAACCAAUUUCAAUUAAAUCUGACAUUGUAGAAGUAAAUAUUUAAGCUGUAAAUAUUUUUAGAAAUUAUUUUCAUUAAAUAAUAAAUUUAUACUUACCCCUGAAAAUAUUUUCACAUAUUCAGCACAGACACAAAAAAUUGAUGAUUUGGCUAAAGAAAUAAGUAUAGAUUUAAGUUCUAUAGAGAAUUUGUCCACAUUACUUUCUAAUUAGUAUUGUUUUAAUAUUGUUGUAAAACAAUUCUCCAUUUCUUAGAUGAAUUGACUAACAAACAAAUUAAAACAAUAUUUUUAGAUCUAAUUUAAGGAUUGACAUCUGCUUAGGAUAAUUAAUUAGUCUUAAAAUAAAUAACAUUAGAUUCUAUUUUAUAUUUUGAAGAGUCUUAAUCUUUUAAAUUGAAUGAUUAUACUGAAGCUACAAUAGGAAAUAAUAAGAUUAAUUUUAAAGAUUUAGGAUUUUGUCUAGCUUAAAUCUUAUAGAUUAAAUAUUAAUAAUAAAAUCCUAAGAAAAAGUCUUAAUCAAUCAAUGCAAUUGAAUGGUUAAAGAUGUAAAUUGAAGAUCCUCUCUCUUCUGUAGCCUUGCAUUUGAUAUUGAAUGAAAAGUCAAGUGAAGAAAUAAUGAGUUUAUUGUAAAAGAUUGAUUGUUGA